AUGAAAGUUUGCUGCGUGCCAGGCCUCAUAGCCUUUAAUGUGGUCAAGGAAGGCUUGCGCAAGAAGGAGAUAGAGAUCAAGUCACAUCAGCUGGAUCGAGAGAAGCUGCUGGAAUGGAUGAAACUUGAGUACGAGACGAGCACAGCACUGUGGUCCCUGCCGAUGACAAUCGGCUCUUUCAUCGCCUUCUCCUGGGUUGCUACAACGCACAUCGACCUCUUUCACAGUUGGCAUGUGCACAAUGCUUUGCUGGAGCGCUUCCCGACACUGGCGGUGAUCAUAAAGAGAAAGUACGUCGACAUACCGACUCUCAACCAGUGGACUCGGCAGCAUUUUCUCCCAACGGUUUUUCGUCAAGAUCCCAUUUAUGAUCCUGUGCCUGGUCGAUUAGCAGAUCAGAACCAGAUGAUCACCGGAGUUCGAUUUGCGAAAAGCUAUUAUGAGCCUUCACCUUGCCCAACCAAUGAAGUUCUCAGCAGAAUCUUCAACUCACGGACCGGGGAGUGCUACUUUGCUGGCGAGUUGAAAACUGAUUAUAUUGUCUUUCCGUAUCAGCUUGAACAGAGCCUGCUUUUAGAACAGUUCGAGACAUUGGUGCGAAUGCCCUGGCUGGAUGAGGCAGUGCGGAUGCUCGAGUACCAGGUCUUUCUAUACAAUGCCAACGUCAACCUCUUCACACUCGAAAUCACCCAGUUUGAGUUCGAGUCAAACGGGCUGAUGAAACACAGGCAGCACUACGAGAGUUUUUCGGCGGAGCCAUACUUCUCUGUCACCAAUCUCAUCCCGGAUGUCCUCUUCAUCUUGUUGACGCUCAGGGUCGCCUACACCAACGUCAAGGAGAUGAUACCUGCAAUCAUGGCUGGCCUUGACGGUUUCAUGAAUUAUUUGACCUUUUGGAAGGUUCUGGAAUGGAUAUCGAUUUUCUUCAGCAGCUUCUGCUUUGGUCUCUGGAUAACAGUUUACUUCAAAAUUACGGUGGACUUGCCAGAAGCUCUGGCCACGCUGCCGAAAGGAGCCUUCGACCAGGCUCUUCAACAAAAGGGAUCCCUGACUGGAACUAGCCUGGCCUAUUUGAACUUCGACGAGCUUCAGGCUAUCAUGAGCCUCGAAGACAUCGAAGAACGGCUCAAUGUCAUCAUGACUGUUGGGAACUCCAUCCGCGAUGACUCCGAGCUCAUGCGGAACUUGUUCGCGCUGAAUUUCAUGGUCAUAAUUUUCCGCUUCUUCAAGUCCUUUCAGGCCAACCCCUGGCUGGAUGUCGUCGUUCAGACGCUGGUGCAUUGCACGCCCAAUGUCGCACACUUCUUCCUGGUCUUCUCCGCCAUUUUCACGUGUUAUGCCUUUGCGGGCCACUUCCUUCUGGGGAACGUCCUGAAAGGCGUGGAAGCUCAAGCUUCAAGAUGUCCAGCUUGA